GUUGCCUCGGCGGCGCGUGGUGCGGCCGGCGCGCGGCCCAGAGGCAGUCUAAUCCAAUCCUUCUUGACAUCAAGAUGGUCCACCCGACGCACAGCAGACGCCUGCUGGGGCUGCUUGUGCUGCUCGCGCUGCAGGGGCGCUGCGUCUACGGCCAAGGCCUGACCGAGUCGCUGCUGCUGUCGCUGGUGCAGGAGAUGACGGCGGGGCCGUACGAGCCGCCGGACCACGGGCUGCCGCUGCCGCAGUACGACUUCGUGGUGGUGGGCGCGGGCACGGCCGGCUGCGCCGUGGCGGCGCGCCUCAGCGAGGUGCCCGGCUGGAGCGUGCUGCUCGUCGAGGCCGGCGGCCGGGAGCACUUCGCCAUGGACAUCCCCAUCGUGGCCAACAUGCUGCAGUUUAGCAACGUCAACUGGAAGUACCGCACCCAGCCCUCCAAGACGGCCUGCCUCGGCAUGUCCGGCCGACGCUGCAACUACCCCCGCGGCAAGGUGAUGGGCGGCUCGAGCGUGCUCAACUACAUGAUCUACAACCGCGGCCACCCAGAGGACUACAACAACUGGGAGCGGAUGGGCAGCGAGGGCUGGGGCUUCAAGGACGUGCUGCCGUACUUCAAGAAGUUAGAGAACAUGCUGGACCCCGAGCUCCGCGGGGACCGCGACUGGCACAACGUCGGCGGCCCCGUGAGCGUGACGCACCUGCCGUGGCACACGCCGCUGGGCCGCGCCUUCAUCGACGCGUACAAGGAGACCGGGUACCCGGAGGUGGACUACAACGGCGCCCAGCAGCUCGGCGUGUCACCCCUGCAGGUGACGAUGCAGAACGGCAGCCGCUGGAGCUCCAACAGGGCCUACUUGUCCCGGCUGCGCCAGCGACGCGGCGCCGGCACGCUGCACGUGCUCAAGAACACCAUGGUGACCAAGGUGCUGACGGAGGGCGGCGAGGCGCAGGGCGUGGAGCUGGUGCGCGCCGGCCGGCGCUACACGGUGCGAGUCCGGCGCGAGGUGGUCGUGUCCGCGGGCGCCAUCAACUCGCCGCACCUCCUCAUGCUGUCCGGCAUCGGGCCCCGGGAACACCUCCAGGACGUGGGUAUUCCCGUGGUCGCUGACCUGCCCGUGGGGUACAACCUCAUGGACCAUGUCUCCGCGGGCGCGGUCAUCUUCACCGUUAACGACACCGUCUCCAUCAGGACGGAGCGCGUCACGUCCUCCGUGAAGGACCUGGCCGACUACUUCUCGCACCGCUCCGGCCCGCUGUCCAUCCCCGGCGGCUGCGAGGCGCUGGCCUUCCUCGCGCUGGACGGCAACAAGAUGGGCUGGCCCGACCUCGAGAUGCUGUUCGUCAGCGGCUCCAUCACCUCCGACGUCACCUUCCAGGACGGCUUCGGGCUGGACCGAAAGCUCUACAAGCAGGUGUUCGGCGGCGUGGAGCAGAUGGACUCGUGGAUGCCGCUGCCGAUGCUGAUGCGGCCCAAGAGCAAGGGCCGCGUCAUGCUGCGCGAUCGCAACCCGCUGCGGAAGCCACUCAUCUACCACAACUACUUCGACCACCCCGAGGACCUGGACACGCUGGUCGACGGCGUGCUCGAGGCCGUGCGCCUGUCGGGCACGCGCGCCUUCCAGCGCUACGCCUCGCGGCUGAACGACGAGCCCGUGCCCGCCUGCAAGCAGCACGCCUUCGGCACGCGCGACUACUGGCGCUGCCACAUACGCCACUUCCCCUUCACCAUCUACCACCAGUCCGGCACGUGCCGCAUGGGCCGCAAGGGCGACCCCCUGGCCGUGCUGGACCCGCGGCUGCGCGUGCAGGGCGUGCGCCGGCUGCGCGUGGUCGAUGCCUCCGUCAUGCCCAUGAUCCCCGCCGCACACACCAACGUGCCCACGUACAUGAUCGCCGAAAAGGCCGCCGACAUGAUCAAGGAGGACAACGGCGCUCUGCCUCGCGGUUGAUCCAUCGAUCCUGAUCGAUCUAUUACGGCACCUUAUUCGUGAAGGGAGUCACCCCCCCCCCCUUUUUCCUCUUGCCAUGCACCCAGGCUUUAUUCUCAAAGCCGGGUUCUACACUUCGACUGAUUUUUGUAGUUUUAAGGUUGUCAGAUUAAGUUUUACUUUACUGAUGGGGGCCACCCCUUUAGAUAAGCUGAACAUCGAUUCAGUGAUGAAUGGUGUCGUUUGUUCGCUUUCCCCGCUCUCCGUCCGUAGCUGCAGAGCUGCCGACGAGGGUAAACUCAAGUUCGGGGUUCAUGAACUGGGAAUGCUACCUCCGCUCCGCCACGCGAGAGUUUCGGGUGGACCGAAAAAUGAAUAAAAGGGGCUCCUUUGGCCUACUGGUUCUUUUAAGUCAACUCGUGAUAAUGUGAUACUUAUGUCUCGUUAUAAUUAUUUAUGGUGUAGUAUUAUUAGUUUCUAAUUAUUUCUUACAUUUAUUGAAAUUGUUGACACUGUGGAGAAUAAAUAAAAGAAAAGUCAAGAAAUA